AUGUGCGAGUCGUUUAACGCAAAGGUGGUGAAGUACAGAUGCAAGCCCAUACUCACAAUGUGCGAGGAAUUACAGUGCUAUGUGAUGCGGCGAAUGGUUCAACACAAGAAACUUCUGGGGACUCAUGAAGGAAAACUGGCGCCAGUGCAAGAGAAAAGGCUACAGAGGCUUAUCAAACCAAGCAACAAAUGGACAGCAGAGUGGAUUGGUGAUAACGAGCGCAAACGGUUUGAAGUCACUUACAAGGGAUCCAAAGUUGAUGUGGAUCUGAUCAAACACAGUUGCUCGUGUAACAAAUGGCAACUCACUGGGAUACCAUGCAUUCAUGCUAUAGCAGCAAUAAAAAAACGGCAUGAUAAGCCCGAUGAUUAUGUCCAUCCAUGGCUAUGUAUGGAGUCCAUUAGAAAGACAUACGAGCACUUCAUCCAGCCAGUAACUAGUGAGGAAUACUGGACAAGGUCUGAGUUUACUAAGCCUGCUCCACCUGUGUUAAAAAGGCCAAUUGAACGUCCCAAGGUGCAUAACAGACAGAAAGAUCCAGCUGAGGCUGUUAUUAAUGGUGACAAGUUGAAGAGGAGUUUCUAUGUCACAUGUAGCAAGUGUGGUGAGAGAGGACACAACUACAAGACGUGCAAAGGGGCCCCAUCCAACCCAAACUAG